AUGGCCCGGCAGGAGCAGGAGUGGGGCUCGGCAGAGCAGGAGGUAGCUGGCAUUGCCCAGACAUUCACCUCCCUGGAAGCUGCCCAGCCCCGAGCGGCAAGCCUAGCCCGCAGCUCUCACCUCUGGCCGGCUUCCAUGAGGAGCAGGGAGCGUUUCCAUUCACUGCGGAGGAUGGACACCAGCAGGAGCGUCAGCUGGGGCAGCCCCAGCCUGGGAAGCUGGGGUAGGACUGCCGGUAGGCUCUCCAUGGGCUUCAGCAGUACCCGGAGGAAGGAGCUGAAGGAAAUCCUCCUGCAGAGCAAUAGCCCUGGCAGCAUCAAGAGGUUUGCCACUGCUCAGAAGACAUCCAAUGGCAGCAGUCUACUUGCAGGGCCACACCAAGAGCAGAAGCCUGAGCAGAGCCCUGAAGUGCUACCCCUUGCCCUGGAUCCCCUCGAGCACGAGUGGCUGUUGACAGUGGCCCAGGGUGACGCAGACAACAUUAUGAGGCUGCUGGACCUGGAUCCCAGCCUGCUGACCAGGAAAGACUUUGUGACAGGCUUCACUGCUCUCCACUGGCUCGCCAAGCACGGCCACUAUGAGAGCUUCGUCAAGGUCAUCUCCCAUGCUCAGAAAAAGGGCUAUCCAGUCAACGUCAACGUCCCCACAGCCAGUGGCGGGCUCACCCCCUUGCACCUGGCUGCCAUGCAAGGACACGAGAUGCUCAUCAAAGUGCUGGUGGGAGCUUACGGGGCAGACACCAGCCGCAGAGACCACAAUGGGCGCAAGGCUUGGCAGUACCUGACAGCAGACACCUCCAGGGAGCUGAAGGAGCUGGCGGGGGCCUUGGAGGAUGACUUGGUCCAGCUGUGCACUCACAACAACAACAACAACUGUAAGUCAUCCAGUGAGGCCAAGACAGGGCAGGACUGUGUGGACUCUGGGGCUGAGGGGAGAGCUCAGCACUCCCGUUCCUGGAGCCUGUCAAGCGUGCGGGCCCUUGUCAGACAGGUAUAUGCUUUCUUCUCUGAAGCUCCCCUGGCCCAUUUCCCCACAAACCUGCGCUGA